UCUUGACAAGCUGACAACAGGAGCCGCCAAAAGAUCAGAAAAGAGCAAGAAACCUAAGCUAAAGCCUCUAAAGAUGAAGACAUUGACUGCUGCAGUUACGGUGGCCAUUGUGGUCACAUUCAUGUGUAUUCUGAAGAGCUCUGCAGUCCCUGUUGUUGAAGAGCUAAUGAGCAUCGACGUUCCAGCUGCAGCACCUGAAGAGAUAUCAGUGGACUCGUGGAAGAUGCUGCGUAAUGGAAGGCAGAAGCGUGGCCUCUAUUGUGGCAAGUGCUGUGAUGGCAAAGUCUGCCGGAGGUGCUGCUAUGCCUAAAUUGGGUUUUUGCUCCUUCAUCAAUUGACCACUUUGAAAUGUUAAAACAAC